AUGUAUUUUUGCCGAGUACAAAUAUCAUCUACCGGGCCUCAUCACCGCUUUCAUCAUAUAACAAGAGGACCAAAGAAUCCGUUCUCCAUAAUCUAUUUCACCCAAUCAGGACUAUUGACCGAGCUACCCACCACAGCCCUUCAAAAUUCGGGCAAACGCACCCCGUGGCCGGUGGUGACCCGAGAGCUCGAGCGACGCCGUCUUGAAGAAGAAAGGAGACAAGACCGUGAAAGGAUACGAAAGAAUGAUUUAAAACGACGCCAAAAUGCAGAUUGUAACAGACCGUGGCACAAUGCUUGCAAGGUGAUCGCUUCUGUCGGCAAGAGCGCCCGCCUGAAGAAAUUCGUUUUUGGGAUGAGGCCUCGAUGCUAUGCGUACUCGCCGGUCUAUGGAGGGUAUUACUACGCUAGAAAAAUCGAUAUUCAUUUCUUCAAAGUCGACCCUAAUGCGGUGCCGGCUGAAUACGUACCGACUUUCAUUAUAUCCUUUCGGUUCCUUGAAAGCGUCGUGCUACUAAACACAUAUUUGCACGGCAGCUGGAUGGCCGAGGAUAGAGCGGAUUUCAUGCCGAUUGAUAAUUGGCGGCUGUUUGACCUAACAAUUAACCCAGUGGAGGGAAAGCUAAAAAUCUACAUCAACAACUUCGAAUUCGCCCGCUAUGACGAAAAUGGGCCGAUCAGCAACAGCACGCAUUUCAAGGUGGAAGGAGAUUUGGAGGUUAUUAGACAUCUC